AUGGGUACUGAGAGAUCUCUCGCAACGCUCCUGCGAUCCCUGCAGACUGCUUCCGUGCCUGAAGAUGCGUACAGAUUAUUACCGUCAGCAACCGGCCUCUUGUCCCUUCUUAAGAAUCCCCUGAACGUAUCGCUGUUGUCGUCGCAACUACUCUGCUGUCCGGCUUUGUGGGAAGGGCAGGUCGAUCUCCAGACCUGUCGCAGACUGAUUGGAGUCUUCAAUAGCGCAGCGUUUACAAUCGUACAACAUGAAUCGUCCAGUAACCCAAAACCACCAUAUCUCCAGCGGCGCGGGCUUGAGCGAGAAGAAUGGUUGAAGGCCGUGGUCAACGGCGCAGAUGACAAGUCCCCACGUUGGAGACACCUCCUGCUCAUUGGCGGAGUGUUGCUGGGCUUCGAAGGCCAGAAUCGCCAGAGUUUGUCGUUGCACUGGAGAAAGAAACUUGAAUCGGCACUGAUCAAGGGGCUACAACUUUCGUUGGCAGAGCUGGAAGAAAAUCCGAAGGUAGCGGCACACGCCAGUGUCCUAGUCUUAAACUAUACAUUUGAGUUGCUGUCCGAUUGGGAGCGAAGCCAGAUCGAUUACGAUAUCCUUCUUCCUAUCCUAUUUGACUCCGCCUUUUUCUCCGAAGAAGGUCUUAGCUCAGGAUAUUUUCUAGGCGCCAUCGACCAGGACGUUCGCGAGAUCGGUAAUAAGAAGUUUGCCUGGGUCGAAAGUUCACCGACUUUCCGUCAGGUUAAUACCAUCCUAUCGAGGCCGCUUAUUACCUCUCUUGGUCCACUCUCCCGUUUGAUAGCGCAUUCUGUCGAUAAUGCCCGUAAUCAGGCUCUAAUCGCAGAAUUGGUGGACCUUUUACUUGAAUAUUCUCGCACCGCUCUUGUCCAAUGGCGUCAGAACAAGUUAUCGGAGGUUGACAUGUCAGAAGAGGCCGAAUUCUUGGAUGAAAUCACCCUGAAAUCAACACUGCCUACGCUAUGGCGGCUCUUGAAAACCUCUUUGUUUUCUAUGGUCAUUGUGCUCCGAGCUGCCAUGGGCAGAGUGCUAAACGACCCGGUGUUAGCCGCUGAUAGAUAUGCGCCUUACCUCGCCUCCAAAACUCUCCAAAUUCUCCGAAAUCUCUCUUUCAUAACGGGCCGAUUAGGGCAUAACUCGUCUUCCCAUCUCGUUUUUGUUAACCUCACCUCCCUUGACAUCCUGUCACAAUAUCCCGCACUCGCACAAGAAUUCUUAGAAAAUAUUCGACCCUCAGACAAUGGUCAAAUUCCGGCUCAUCCAGUGGAUAGGUGUCUGGAUUUAUUUUUCUUGAAUACUGCCGAACAUUUCACGCUGAUCCUCACUCCGGAUGUCAAUGAACGUUUAUUAGUAUCUGCAGCGCUGCCUUAUCUCGCAGCUGGCGGCAAUAACAACCUCCUAGAGAUCUUCGAAGCUGCUCACAGCGUCGUUCUAGCCGUCCUUGCGGCGCCAAAAAGCGCCGAUAUGGCAGCUAAACAUCUUCCAUACUAUGUUGAUACCCUGUUUAAUGUGCGUACUGAUUCUUUACAAUUUAUGUUCAUUUUUGAUAACCAAUUUGAACAGGUUUUCCCUCAGAACCUCUCUGUGAGACAAUUCAGACUUGCAUUUAAAACAAUCCUUCAGAUCACCGCCCCUCCUUCACCAUUAGCAAAUAGCCAACCCUUACUCCCGUCAAUCCUUCUGCAGCUUCUCUACGACAGGGCAUUAACUGCCCCAACGACUCCUCUCCCUCACCCAACUUCCGCAGUUGAUUCCACACCCACCGAGGAACCCCUUCUCUCCGAACAAGCGGUUCUUACACUAACUAUAAUUGACUGCUUAUGCUACCUUCGGGUUGACACACUAGAAGAAUGGCUUAAUCUCGCUGCCCAUUUGAUAAGCCAAAUUGAAGACCGUACCAUGCGAAGCACGUGUCAAGAAAGGCUUUGGGACGCGCUGAGCAGUGGGGAGAUGGAUGUUGAGAGGGCCUACUUUUGCGUUACGUGGUGGAGUACGAGAGGAGGGAGAGAGAAGGUACUUUUUGGAGCAGAGGAAGAUGUCCAAGUUCCAUAUAUGAGCGGAGCCCUAGGCACUGGGGAGCCUGAACCAAGGGAAAGCAAGCUGUGA